AUGGCCCAUGCUGCAGCCCACCUGAAGAAAGCACGCGAGUUUGAGGCAAAUCCAGAGUACAGUGCUCUACAGAAAGCCAGGGAGAGGAGGAGACGGCAUCGUGAGAAAGCCGAGCGAAAGCGGCAGUCUGACAGUAACACCAGUUUCCUGCGGGCUGCCAGAGCGGGGAACAUUGACAAAGUCCUUGACUUCCUGAAAAAUGGAGUAGACAUAGGCACCAGUAACCAGAAUGGUCUGAACGCUCUACAUCUGGCAGCGAAGGAGGGACACAAGGAUUUAGUGGAGGAACUGUUGGAGAGAGGAGCACCUGUUGACUCUUCCACCAAGAAAGGAAACACUGCCCUCCAUAUUGCCUCACUGGCUGGACAAAAUGAAGUAGUCAGACUACUGGUGAAGAGAGGAGCAGAUGUCAACUCUCAGUCACAGAAUGGCUUCACUCCACUCUACAUGGCAGCCCAAGAGAAUCAUUUGGAGGUGGUGCGAUACAUGUUGGAAAAUGAAGGGAACCAAAGCAUUGCAACAGAGGAUGGCUUCACGCCACUGGCCAUCGCUCUCCAGCAGGGCCACAACGCAGUGGUCUCCCUGCUAUUGGAACACGACACGAAGGGUAAGGUCCGCCUUCCAGCCCUGCACAUCGCAGCCCGCAAAGACGACACAAAGUCUGCUGCACUGCUGCUCCAGAAUGACCACAACGCUGACGUCCAGUCUAAGAGUGGGUUUACCCCUCUGCACAUCGCGGCUCACUAUGGUAACGUGAAUGUCUCCACCCUGUUGCUGAACAGAGGAGCCGCUGUGGACUUCACAGCCAGGAAUGGGAUAACGCCUCUCCAUGUGGCCUCCAAGAGAGGCAACACCAACAUGGUGGCCCUGCUGUUGGACCGAGGGGCUCAGAUAGAUGCUAAAACCAGGGAUGGGCUGACCCCCCUGCACUGUGCAGCCAGGAGUGGUCAUGACCCAGCACUUGAAAUCCUGCUGGAGAGAGGAGCUCCCAUCUUAGCCAGAACCAAGAACGGACUGUCCCCACUGCAUAUGUCAGCCCAGGGAGACCACAUAGAGUGUGUUAAACUCCUGCUGCAGCACAAGGCGCCUGUUGAUGAUGUCACACUGGACUACCUCACAGCGCUGCACGUCGCAGCUCACUGCGGCCACUACAGAGUCACCAAGCUUCUGCUGGACAAGAAGGCCAAUCCCAAUGUCAGAGCAUUGAAUGGUUUCACUCCUCUCCAUAUCGCUUGUAAGAAGAACAGGGUGAAGGUGAUGGAACUGUUGGUCAAAUAUGGCGCCUCCAUCCAGGCCAUUACUGAGUCUGGUCUGACUCCCAUCCAUGUAGCUGCCUUCAUGGGCCACCUCAACAUCGUUUUACUUCUGCUGCAGAAUGGAGCAUCUCCUGACGUCCGUAACAUUCGUGGUGAGACAGCUCUCCACAUGGCAGCACGAGCAGGUCAGAUGGAAGUGGUUCGCUGUUUGCUGAGGAAUGGAGCAUUGGUUGAUGCUAUAGCCAGGGAGGACCAGACUCCCCUCCACAUUUCGUCCCGUUUGGGGAAAACUGAUAUUGUCCAGUUGCUGCUGCAGCACAUGGCUCAUCCAGAUGCUGCCACCACCAAUGGCUACACUCCCCUCCAUAUUUCGGCCCGGGAGGGCCAGGUAGAGACUGCUGCCGUGCUGCUGGAGGCCGGAGCCUCACACUCACUGGCCACGAAGAAAGGAUUCACUCCGUUACAUGUAGCAGCUAAGUAUGGAAGCCUCGAUGUAGCAAAACUUCUCCUUCAACGUAAAGCUCUCCCUGAUGAUGCUGGCAAGAAUGGCCUGACUCCGCUACAUGUGGCUGCUCAUUAUGACAACCAAGAAGUAGCUCUGCUGCUGCUGGAUAAAGGGGCAUCGCCUUAUGCUACUGCAAAGAAUGGCUACACUCCUCUCCACAUUGCAGCCAAAAAGAACCAGACGAACAUCGCAUUAGCACUGCUGCAGUAUGGAGCAGAGACCAACGUUCUGACCAAGCAGGGAGUCAGCCCUCUACACCUGGCAGUCCAGGAAGGGCAUGCUGAGAUGGCCAGCCUGCUGCUGGGCAAAGGAGCUCACGUCAACACAGCCACCAAGACCGGACUGACGCCUCUGCAUCUCGCAGCCCAAGAAGACAGACUCAAUGCAGCAGAAGUAGUGGCCAAGCAUGAUGCCAACUUGGAUCAGCAAACUAAGCUCGGAUACACCCCUCUCAUAGUGGCAUGUCACUAUGGCAAUGCCAAGAUGGUGAACUUCUUGUUACAGCAAGGUGCCAGCGUCAACGCCAAAACCAAGAAUGGAUACACACCCCUUCACCAGGCAGCACAACAAGGGAAUACACAUAUUAUCAAUAUGUUGCUACAACAUGGUGCCAAUCCCAAUGCUACUACAGUGAAUGGAAACACUGCUCUGUCUAUUGCCAGACGUCUGGGUUACAUCUCUGUAGUGGACACACUGAAAGUCGUCACUGAGGAGGUCAUCACUACCACAACGACGGUCACAGAGAAACACAAGCUCAAUGUUCCUGAGACCAUGACUGAGAUCCUUGAUGUGUCUGAUGAAGAAGGUGAGGACACUAUGACAGGUGAUGGAGGAGAGUAUCUGAGAGCGGAGGAUCUCAGAGAGCUGGGAGAUGACUCUCUGCCAGGACACUACUUGGACGGCUUCAGCUACAUGAGCCACAACCUGGACAGGUCACGAACAAUACAUACAGUACAUACUCACACUCACCAAAGUUUCCAUCAGAGAGAGGGAGUUCUCAUCGAAGACAUGCUUACAAGCCACCAGGUGUCAGCACUGUCUAGAGAGCACGAUAAGGACUCGUUCCGUCUGAGCUGGGGUGCUGAGCACCUUGAUAAUGUGGUGCUAUCCUCCAGUCUGCUACAUUCUGGCUUCCUGGUCAGCUUCAUGGUAGAUGCCAGGGGCGGGGCCAUGCGUGGUUGCCGUCACAAUGGCCUGCGAAUCAUUGUGCCACCAAGAAAGUGUUCUGCACCCACUCGGGUGACAUGCAGGCUGGUGAAGAGACACCGUCUGGCCUCUAUGCCCCCUAUGGUGGAGGGUGAGGGGCUGGCUGGUCGCAUCAUUGAAGUGGGACCCACUGGAGCCCAGUUCCUGGGGCCUGUGAUUGUGGAGAUCCCCCAUUUUGCAGCCCUGCGGGGAACAGAGCGAGAGCUAGUGAUCUUGAGAAGUGAGACAGGAGAGAGCUGGAGGGAACACCACUGUGACUUCACUGAAGAGGAACUGAACCAGAUACUUAACGGCAUGGAUGAAAAACUUGAUUCCCCAGAGGAGCUUGAAAAGAAAAGAAUAUGCCGCAUCAUCACCCGAGACUUCCCACAGUAUUUUGCGGUGGUGUCACGCAUAAAGCAGGACAGUCAUUUGAUUGGACCAGAGGGUGGGGUACUCAGUAGCACUCUUGUGCCCCAGGUCCAGGCUGUCUUCCCUGAAGGAGCCCUCACCAAGAAGAUCAGAGUUGGGCUACAGGCUCAGCCCAUUGAUGUUGAGGUGGUAAGAAAGGUUCUUGGUAACAAAGCCACAUUCAGCUCAAUUGUCACAUUGGAGCCAAGAAGGAGGAAGUUCCACAAACCAAUUACCAUGACAAUCCCUAUUCCCAAGAGCUCCAAUAGUGACGGGUCAAGCGGAGUGUACAGUGGGGAGACCCCCACCUUACGUUUGCUUUGCAGCAUUACAGGUGGAACUACUCCUGCCCAAUGGGAGGACAUUACUGGCUCCACGCCUCUCACCUUUGUUAACCAAUGUGUGUCCUUCACUACAAACGUGUCAGCGAGGUUCUGGCUGAUAGACUGCAGACAGAUCCAGGAGUCUGUUAGUUUUGGCUCUCAGCUGUACAGAGAGAUCAUCUGUGUUCCAUACAUGGCCAAGUUUGUCAUUUUUGCUAAGACACUUGACCCCAUUGAGGCCCGUCUGCGCUGUUUCUGCAUGACGGACGACAAGAUGGACAAGACCCUAGAGCAACAAGAGAACUUCACUGAAGUUGCCCGUAGCCGAGAUGUUGAGGUGCUGGAGGGAAAACCCAUAUUUGCUGACUGCUUUGGAAACCUGGUGCCUCUUACCAAAAGUGGACAGCACCAUGUGUUCAGCUUUUUUGCCUUCAAAGAGAACAGACUGGCCCUCUUCAUCAAAAUCAGAGACACAGCACAAGAGCCAUGUGGUCGCUUGUCCUUCACCAAAGAACCACGCACGUAUCGUGCUCUUAACCACAAUGCUAUCUGCAACCUUAACAUCACUCUCCCAACAUACUCAAAGACCAGUGCUCAGUUAUAGAGAUUGGAUUGGCAGGAUGAUGCUGACAGGAAAGAGGAGACAUUAGCUAUCGUUGCAGAUCUUCUUGGCUUCAGCUGGACUGAACUGGCAAGAGAACUGGAGUUCAGUGAGAAUGAUAUCCAAUUAGUAAGAACAGAGAAUCCCAAUUCCCUCCAAGAGCAGAGCCAUGCCUUGCUGCAGCGCUGGGUUGAGCGUGAAGGCAAACAUGCCACAGAGGACUGUAUGAUUAAGAGACUAACCAAGAUCAACCGCAUGGACAUCGUCCAUCUUAUUGAAACCCAGAUGAACAAGUCAGUUCAAGAGCAAACAUCUAGAACUUAUGCAGAGAUAGAAAAGACUCUGGAUCACAGUGAAGCCCUAUCUUCAGUGCAAGAGGAUGCAGACAGCCCCAGAGUUGUGAGAAGGGUGGAGUCAGACCGCAGACCACCCCCAGCUGUUUCUGAAGAGGACCUCUCAGUUGCUUCCCUACUGGAUAUUCCUUCCUGGGCAGAGCCUGUUGGACACACCCACUCAGAGAGCAUGCAUGGUGACCUGUUGGAGGAGCUCGAGAUCCCACAUGAAUUGAACCCUAACCUGUGGAUCUCUGAAGAUGUAAUUACACAAGAACCUACAAGUUACGACAACUCAGAUGAGCAAGUAUCAACAGCAUCUUCCAGGACAAAUCUUUCAGAAUCUUCAAAACAAAUAAGUGGUCAUUUAGGACAGGGCCAGGUCUUUCCAAAUGAGACACACUCCUUGGCACAUGAUUCAAUCACACUUUCCACUGAAAAACUAGAAUUACCACUUCCAGGUACCUUUGACCUAAGUAAAACACAAUCUAAAAUCAGACUGACCAAUCAAAGUAGCUCACCACAGGAAAAAUAUGAAAAGCUGUCAUUCCCGAAGCAAAGUGAAAAUUCUGGCUUAGCUAAACCAAGCUCAGCGACCACAGACUCACUCUGUCAAAUAGCUCAAGAAAGUCCAGAUGACCAAAUGUUCAUGUCCUUAGAGUCCAUUCCAACACAACCAGAGUCUGGGUCCCCUCAGCUUGAACAGCUGCUGUCAGAUCUGGAGGAGAUGAAACUUGCAUUUAGCCCAGAGACACUUGACCCUAUUUUGUCAGAAUUCAAUGAUGAAAGCCCUGAAGUUGAACAAAUUAAGUUUGAAGACAUUUCACCUGAAGACCAAUGCCAUACAGAAGAUAUUGAUACCCUGAGAGUCGGUGUGUUAUCUAUUGUACAGCUUGCAGAAGAUACUAACCACACUGAUGUAGCAGUCACAGAGCAUACACAUUUCCAGACAUCCAUUCAAGAUGAACCUGAACUAAUCUCAGACACUCCUGAUUUAACAAAAACCUCUGAGACAAGUGUACCAUCGAGCCUUGGUUGUCGUAAAGAUAGUCCUGUAUCCCCUACUGAUUCAACUCCAGAAUCUUCUCAGAGAUUUUGUGAAGUGAUGGAACCACUGAACUCAGGUCUUCCUAUCGAUAUAUUCCAGUUCAGCUCAUUUUCUUUAGUGUCCUCCCCCAAAGUAGCUGCAAGGAGUCCGUCUAAGAUACCUGAGGAACAUGUGGCUAAUCUUCGUGAGCAAGAUUAUACAACUGACUUUCUUAAAAGUCAAGAAGAACUUGAAUCAGCUACAUCAGCUACAGAAGAAAUAUCAACACAAAGUAUCCAAGAUCAACCUCUACAUUUAUGGGAGGCAACUUUUGUGGAAGCCAUUCAGAGUGAAGAUGUCUCUUCUCUUUCUGAUUUGACUCCGGAGACAGUUACAUCUGCAAGACAUUUUAGCUUUGAUGAACUGAUGCCAUACCCCUCCCCAGGAAACUUUGAGACAUCCUCAGAUGAGGAUAGGCCAAGGACCAGUGGACGGAAUUCAGAAGAAUCUCUUAUUUCAGUAGACUCUGAGGGUUUUGCUUCUCAGCCCACUCCAGUCAAACCCAAAGCAGAGGUGACUUCAUCAACCUCUGUUGAGGAGUACACCAUCCCACCUGGGUAUUCAGAGAUCUCUUCUACCACAACCAUCUAUACCCGCAUGCCUCCAGAAUACAAAGAAGUUGUGCAUAGUGGUGUAGACAGCCCAACGUUUGAAUACUCUGACCCAGAGCCUUACUUUGACUGCAUACAGGCUGCAUCAGAUUUCUCAGAGACUGAGCCUGAUGAACCUGAGACAAGUACCAGGUCAAACGGAGAUCAGCCCCAGGAUCAUUUUAGCCAUCCUAGAGUGCUAGAAAGGGGGAAUCGAAGAGUCCUGUUGUCCUCUGGAAGUGAAGAUUAUGAGGAUGCUCCUUUUGUCCAUGAGCCUCUUUAUAAUGUACAAGAAGAAAAUGAAGAAUUAUUACACUAUUCAGAAGCAUCGGAUGAAGAAUUCACCAUGUGUGAGUCUUCACAACCGCCUCCUGUCUGUGACGUUGGGGCAUUUGAUGAUACUGACCAAUCUCUGACAAGGGAGAUCACCGCAGAGCUCGGAUCAAUGUCAGAAAGUUCAGAUGAUGAAUUUUUGACCACCAGAAUAGUGCGAAGGAGAGUUGUCAUUCAGGCUGAUGAAAUGCCUGACCUCCCCACUCAGUCAGUGACGGAAGAAAAGUACAAGGAUGAAAAUGGACACAUUGUUGUCAAAAAGGUUACGCGUAAAAUUAUUCGCAAGUGCGUUUCGGUGGAUGGUGUGGAGCGUGAAGAGGUGUCAUUAGAAGGAGCUCCCCAGGGGUCCAUCAGUAUGGCAGAGGGAGAUGGAUACUCUAAGGUGGUGAAACGGACUGUACUGAAGAGUGAGGGAGACCACACAGAGGUAACAUUUGCUGAAUGUGAGGGUUUCUCAGCAUCAAGUCAGGAGACAGCUGAAGGUUGUAAGGUCAGUCGUGUAGAACGGACGGCAGUGGUGGAGGGUGAAAGGACAAUGACUCACUGGGGUGAUCCGUCUUUGGCUUCUGACCUCCCCUCAGCCCAAGACGACUUCAAACAGGCCCUAGGUUAUAUAAGUGGUUUUAGCAGAACAAAGCUCCCUCAUGUGGUAGAGAGAGAGACUGUCAGAGAAGAUGGAACUGUGGUCAGGAGGGCCCACAUGCGUAAAGGUUGCACACACAGACGAACAGUGGUGAAGGAGGCUGGGCAGCGCAAACAGGUCCUUCUAGAACAAGUGGAGAACCCCAGAAAAGGGUCAAAACCACGUGACCUCCAGCAGCAUCUCCAGCAACUCUUUCACCGCUACUACAAAGAAGAAAAGGAGGACGAUGAGGACGAAGAAGAGGAGGAGGAAGAGUAGAAUAAUGUGUAAAACUCUCCCCCACUCCCUGGCUCUGCCAAUGCUAAAGUCCCCCCUAAUCCUAUGCAUUAGCCACAUGCAAUCCCAGUGUGCACCACAGCACCUCAAAGCUACCACCUUCUUCCUGUUUAAGUCCUGGAAGAUGACCUUUCGUUCAUUCUUUUGUUUUCUUUCUUGGCUGGUAAAAUGUAUUCAUGAUUUUCUUUUCAUGUUCUGACGUUGUUUUGCCUUUUUGUGACCAAAGAAAGCCUUCUGUUGUUUUCCUGAUUCAUUUUUAUUUCCCAUGUCCGAAUUGAUGUUUUUGUCUUGAUGCUGUGGUAGAGCAACAAAGAAAACAGGUAAAUACUAUUCACAUUAACUAACUCACAAACCUCCUGAUGGUAAAGAACACUUUACCUGCAAAAUACUGGUACUACUCUCUUAGUAGGCACUUGGACUGAAAGACAAUAUCUCUCACACUGCACUGCCUCUCACAACCAGAGUUUCUCAGAUAUUCCUUACUUAAAAACUGUCUCACUCACUGUACUAGUCUCUCUGCUCUUUUGAUUCAUGUGGUCAAGAUGUCACACAGAGAAAACCAGACUGUAUCGACACUAAAUCGAACUGCUGCUGCUGCUGUGUUUUGUGUAGGCUAUGUGUAAUCUGUUUUUGGAAAUUAUAUAUUAUCUAUAAUCUAGACAUUACUGACAUCAGUAACCUAGGAAUGAAUAAUCACUCAUGUGACGUAGAGCAGGCAUGACUAAUCAACAUUUGUCAUCAUUGUCCCAGCUUUGUCCUCUUUGUAGUUCUAUGGAUUGCCCUUUUGCCUCUAUUUCCCUUCUGUAUGUGUCUUUCUUUCCUUGUUGUUAUGUUUAAUUUAGUUCAGUUUUAGGGGCUUUUCUCUUACAUUGUUGCUGUUGACUCAUACUGUAAGAAUGGUUAAUGUGUGAGUGAGAUGGUAUAGAACUAUUACAAGCUGAUUUUAAACUCUGUUUUCUGAAGAUGUCUUAGUUUAUUUUUGAUUUUGAGUUUCGUUUACUAGUAAGUGUAACUUAUUGAAUCUUUGUUUACCAUUGCUGAAUUAGAUCAUCACAGCUGUUUGAGAGUUACUUGUCUCAUAUGACAUUUGUGGUAAGGUGAUCAGGUGUUUCUGCUUUAUUUAAAAAACAAUUUAGAUACAUUUUUUAUUAGCACCAUUUAUCAUUCAGACAUACAGAACAAAUUCCACAAUAUGUACCAGGUAAUAUCAGAUGGUGCACAGAACAAAGAAACACAAAUUGAACAAGAACAAAAACCCUAUCCCACCCCCCUA